AUGUCCUUAGAAGAUCAACACGGCAUUGAAUUAGCACAAUCUGCAAUGAUUGAUCGAGAACGUGGUGAAUCCGAGUCUGGACGACAACGAUUUGAUGUUAAACGCUAUAUACCUUCAGCAUUACGUGCUCAAGACAAAAGUCAACCACCUGCAGUCUUAUUAGAUGCUCGAUUUUAUUCAAUGAAAAAAACAGCAAUGACUAUAAUGUGUCUACUGAUAAUCAUCAUGAGUAACAGUGUACAAUUAAAACAUGUUCUCCAACAAGGUCAUUCACAUACAUUCUAUGGUACACAAGUCGCACUUGGUAUUAUAUCUGUACUCAUGUGUGCUUGUAUUGGCUUUGCUCAAUUGUAUACAUUUCUGUUCACACGGCUCGAUCAUCUGCCAUUAUUAUUAUCAUCAUCAUCGUCGUCAUCAUCAUCAUCAUCAAUGCCGACUUUAACACGUUAUGAUCAACUUUUUAUUAUACUUCCAGCUAUUUUAACUAUUAUUCUAUUUUUAUUUGAUAUUACUUUUUUAAUUAUAAUGUUUACAUUUUAA